AUGAAUUCUUUAAGGAAAAAUGUCUCAGGGAAUUUUUCCCUUCCUUACGACUCACUGAUGCCGAUGUCUUCGAAGGAAGUGAACUUCAGCUGUACUUUCGAUGAGGAGUUCAAAUAUAUUCUUCUGCCCGUUUCAUAUUCCCUGGUGUGUUUCUUCGGACUAAUCCUGAACUCUGUGGCUCUGUGGAUGUUCAUCACUAAGAUGAGGCCUUGGAAACCCAGUACGGUGUAUAUGUUUCAUCUGGCCCUGUCAGACACAUUGUACGUGCUCUCCUUGCCUAUGCUUAUAUACUACUAUGCAAACCGCAGCCACUGGCCUUUUGGCGUUGUCCUCUGUAAGAUUGUACGGUUUCUUUUUUAUGCCAACUUAUACUGCAGCAUCCUUUUUCUCACUUGCAUCAGUGUGCAUCGCUACCUUGGCAUCUGUCACCCCAUUCGUUCUCUGACUUUAAUAAAGCCACGCCAUGCACACAUGGUCUGUGGUUUUGUCUGGACAGCAGUGAUAGCCUGUCUGGUGCCCACACUCAUUUUAGUCAACACUUCUAGAAAUGGAAAUAGCACUUUGUGUCACGACACAAGUCGCCCUGAAGAAUUUCACAACUUCGUAACCUACAACUCCGUGGUAAUGGUGUUGCUUUUUAUUCUGCCAUUUCUAGUCAUCAUGGUUUGCUACUGUUUAAUGGCACGGGCCCUUUGCCAACCCCGAAAGGGCCUGGCCCAAAAUCAGCAAAGUUCAUCUCGGAAGAAGUCCGUUAAACUCAUCAUAGUGGUACUGGUUGUGUUUGCAAUCUGCUUUGUUCCCUUCCACAUCACUCGCACCCUCUACUACGCCUAUCGUAUUUUUGAUGCAGAUUGCAAGACUCUUAAUAUUGUCAACUUUUCAUAUAAAAUCACUCGCCCGCUUGCUAGUGUCAACAGCUGUUUGGACCCUAUCCUCUACUUCCUGGCAGGGGAUCACUACCGCUCUAAACUCCUCCGAGUGCUCACUAGACAGACUCCGAACACUCGUUCUACUGCAUAUGAGUACGCACCUAAUGGCAUAAACAUAGAACUGGCCUUUAAGAACCCAGAUGCCCAAGCUGGCAAGGAUUCGAGACUCUAGAGCAACAUACCCAGACAUUUUGGGUAAUCGUUUUUAAAAACAGUUCUGGACGACUGCCUCAAAUAUUUCGAUAAAUCCCAAGUGUACUCUGUCAACAGCUGUGUCUUCAAAGUCAGACAUUCAGAAGAAUUCAGGACAGUCUUGUUGUAUACAAUACAGGGGAGAUAAAGGAGACUCUCUGGAGGAAAGGAUGUGGUAUCUGCUCCCUUUUGUGCACUCCUAAUGUUUUUUCCCAUUCAGUGUGAUUGUGGGUAAUGUAGAGCAGCUCAUUUCUUGAAAGCACCGAUGACCAAUCACUCCUGCGGGUUACCUGUAAUGUUGAAGUUUCUCACUGUUGGUCAAGGACAGAACUUGGCAGUGUUGGGGUUCUGUCAACAUUGGAAACAAAACACACUCUAUAUCCCGGAGGUGGACUCUGGCCUGAGACUGUUACUACAGAAGUGCCAGCACAAAGCCUUUUGUGUGUUCUCUUAUGUCUGAAGGUCCUAUAUUAGGAAAUGAAGGUGUGAAAUCUACUAAAGACUGGAGUUCUGUAGUAUUUCAUCAAUACUAAAAAAUCUGUUGUGAUUUUAUCAAAGAAUACCUUUUUAUUUUACAGAUUAUGUUGAUCCAUUUUAAAAGGGAGAGAGUUUUAAAAUUUAAUUCAUUUGAAUUAAACCGAUACGGCAAGCUGUGUUAACAUUGAAUCUGCAAACCUUGUAGGUUAUCUAUUUUCAUGCUACCUAUUCUAUAGAUACAAUUUUUUUCAAUAAGUCCUAGCACUUAUUCAUUAGCUAGUACUGCUUUAUUUUUAGAUGAUAAUGGUUAUUCUUUAGUUUCUAGCAGGGUGUGAAUUACAGUGAGAUUUGUGGAAUAGGAUGGGGGGGGACCCCACCAAUUAACUUGAUCACCCAUUUAAAAACACCAAAACAACAUGUGUGAGUGAAGGUCUGCUCUUUAAAUAGUGUACAAAUAGUUUGCACUGAUCUGUAUCUUUUAAGGCAAUGAAGUGGCACAGUAGGUAGUGCCAUUGCCUUACAGCAAGAAGGUCGCUGGUUCGAGCCUCGGCUGAGUCAGUUGGCGUUUCUGUGUGGUGUUGCAUGUUCUCCCGUGAGUUUCAUCUAGGCGCUCUGGUUUCCCCCACAGUCCAAAGACAUGCGAUACAGGUGAAUUGGGUAGGCUAAAUUGUCUGUAGUGUAUGAGUGAGAGUGAGUGUGUAUGGAUGUUUUCCUGAGAUGGGUUGUGGCUGGAAGGGCAUCCGCUGCGUAAAACAUGUGCUGGAUAAGUUGGCGGCUUAUUCCGCUGUGGCGAGCCCCGAUUAAUAAAGGGACUAAGCCGACAAGAAAAUGAAUGAAUAAAUGUAACUUUUAAAUAAUAAUAAAACAAAUAUUAAGUUAAUAUAAAUAUAAAAUUGACCACCACUAUAAUGGUUCAUACUAUUGUCAAUACAUAAUUGUUCACAGCAGGAAAAUAUUUAGUCAGUGAUCUGAAUCUGUCAGAUCUAACCUGAUGAUAGAAACCGUAAGUGUUCAAAAUCUACAUGUAGCUGAAAAAUAAAGUCAACGUACACUCAUAGGCGCAGUUUCACAAACAGGGUUUAGAUAAAUUAGGGUACUUAAUUCGCUUUGAUAAAAAUGCCCCCACAAAAAUAAAUUAUUUUUGUGAAACUGGAGACAAGCCAAUGUCCCUAAUGUAUUUUAAGAUAUCUUACUUUAAUUUAAUUUCAUUUGACACCGCGCUAAUGUGAAAUAUAGUCUACACUGUAAAAAAAAGCUGGGUUUCACGCAAUCUGUGUUGGAACAACAUGAAAGAAUUAAGUUAACUUAUGCAAAUUUAAGUGAAUUGAACAUAAAACAAUUAAAUUGUCCUCAAAAAUCAUCCCCAAUCUUAUUUUAAAUAAGUAGUUUGAACAAACAGCAUACGUGAUUUUUUUUUGGAGCGUACCACUAUAGCCUAAAGCCUUGUAUGUGAAACCGGGGGAUAGUAUGUCAGUGUGACACAGUGAUUGUCAUUGUGUUUCAGCAAAAUUUGCUGUUUCAUUUAAAAAAAAAAAGGUCACAUUUGAGAAUCACGUCUGUUGAAAUAGCCCAUCACAGGUUACUGUAAAUCAGAAUCUAAUCAUUAUCCCUAAAAACACUGAAAUCAUAAAUAUGUUUGAUUAAUAAAUGCGAUCUAAUUGACUUAAGUAUAAAUUUGGUUUACUGAGGCAUCUGUAUUACAAUAACUGCAAAAAAAAAUUCACCUGUUAGUCGCAUAAUUUGUAUACUGGUUACUAGACCGAGGCGAUUUGGCCUAAAAUCACAAUCUCAAUUAAUUGAACAUUUUAACUCUGUUACGAAUAAGGAAGGAUUAUUUUAUUUAUUUAUUUAACUUUUUUGCCGUCAUAGCUCACUGACAAAUUUUGUAAAUUAAAUAUGCUCAUAUUACAAGUGAGAGAUUUUUCAAUUGAAGGGUGAAUUACAACACAUACUAUUUAAUAUCCAUGAUUAUUUAUUGAAAAUCAACAUCGAACAACUGAAAUUAACCCGCACAUUGCCUAAAAUGAACAGUCACAUAACUCCACAUGCGGUAGGGAAAGCAAUUGAAAAAAAAAAACAGUUUGAAAAAAUUUGAUAGAAUAUUCUGAAUGUCGAUUUUGAUUACUUUUCGAUUAAUCCCCCAGCUCUACUGGUUACUAGGGCUAUUUUUUUGUUGUUUGAGGAGAUUAUUGCUUAUGCAUUAGAUACUAGCAUUUAUUUAUUAGACACUGGCACCUAUUAUUAGAUGAUAGUAUUUAUUCUUGCUAUGUCUUUUUAUAUUAGUUUCAGUAAAAUUAUUGUUGAAUAUGCAAAUGUUUAUAUGAUUAAUUUACAAUACAGUUUAAAAAAUAAAUAUUUUGUCUUUUAGUAGAGAUGUUAUAUAUGGUGGAACAAGUGGAUCUAAUUAGAUUUGUAUUGUAAACCUGAAAUAGAAUUUUGUUUUUAGUUCCCACACUAGUUCCUGUAUUUAAUCUUGCACUGCCUAUGAAUAACUAUUUGAUUGUAAGUGUUAAGAACCAGUAUCUAACAAAUAGAAACCAGUGUUUAUGUGCAAGUACUAGGGCUGCACGAUAUUGUAAAAAUCUGACAUUGCGAUAUUUUGUUUUGUUGCUAUAUACAGUUGAAGUCAGAAUUAUUAGUCCCCCUGAGUUAUUAGCCCCCACAACCCCCCCACCCGCUUAUUUUUUUCCCCUAUUUCUGUUUAACAGAGAGAUUUUUCUCAACACAUUUCUAAACAUAAUAGUUUUAAUAACUCAUUUCUAAUAACUGAUUUAUUUUCUUUGCCAUGAACACAGUAAAUAGUAUUUGACUAGAUAUUUUUUAAGACACUUCUAUACAGCUUAAAGUGGUAUUUAAAGGCUUAACUAGGUUAAUUAGGUUAUUGUAUAACACAUUUUUGUUCUGUAGACUAUUAAAAAAUAGCUUAAAGGGGCUAAUAAUUUUGACCUUAAAAUGGUUCAUAAAAAAUUUAAAACUGCUUUUAUUCUAGCCUAAAUAAAACAAGACUUUCUCCAGAAGAAAAAAUAUUAUCAGACAUACUGUGAAAAUUUCCUUGCUCUGUUAAACACUAUUUGGGAAAUAUUUACAAAAGAAAAAAAAUUCAAAGGGGGGCUAAUAAUUCUGACUUCAGCUGUAUAUAUUGCGAAAUGAAUAUCAAUUCACUAGAUGAUUUGAACAGCUCUAUUGGGAAAAAAGUCUGGAUUUUAGGUUGACUGGAGUAAUCAAGCGUUUUUAAAAGCUAAAUAAACAGGGCUUUAAGGUUUUUCUGGUGAGUAUUCAAAUGCAAUCAAAUGUAAAACAGCAUGGUCAACAUUGUAUUAAUAACAAACAAAUAAACAAUCUAAUCUUGCGGUGCGACUACUGCGCAUACACAUAUUGCGAUAUCGAUGCUCAAACGAUAUAUUGUUCAACCCUAGCAAGUACUAAUGUCUAUUUAAUAGAUUGUAGUAACCAAUAAUAGAACUAAUCCUAAAGAAUAAACACUAGUAACCAGUAAACAAGUAUCACUUCUUAAUGGAAAAGAUAGUAUCUAAAAAAUAAGUACUAGUGGCAUGAACGUAGAUACUGAACAUAGAUAAUACGUCCCGAUGUUUUAUAGAUUGUUAACAUGGCUUGAAAUAAAUGGAAAUAUGAAUGCCUAUUGGAGACCUUGAGGUAAAAGUUGAAUGGCUGCGGGGGAAGCUGAAGCUGAAUGCAGUGGUUCAGUUAUUCCCCGUUGGCUUUCUUCAUUCCUCGUACAGCUGUUUUUGUCCUUUUGGCUGAGACGAUCUACAGCUGUGUUGCCGUACAUGUGUGUUUGUGUAUUUGUGGGUAAUUGCAUAGCAGGGCUGAAUGAAGAUAAAAGAUUGAAGAAAUCACAUCCGUGUUGCCGUAGCCAGAUCUGCUUUUUCCCCCCAUCCGGAUGUAACCUCUCUGGGAAUGUUUGCGAGUUUGUUUUUUUGUUAUUUCAUGUUUAGUUUCUUUUAAAAGUGUUGUAAAUAGUUUGUGACAUUUCUCUGGUCAUGGUGUUUGUUUAACUUUGGAUUGUAUUUACGGAAAAUGUUUUGUAUUUACGUUGGAUUGACUUGAGCUUUUCUUGAAUAAUCAGUUUUAUAGGCUUCUCUGUGAAACAAACAAAAUCACUAAUAUAAAUCAGAGAGAGACUGCAAUUAUCGCACACUUGUUUACGUUUUGUUAAGUAGACCAAUGGGAGCUGUUUUAUUUAGAACAUGCUGAGAAUGUGAUGUAAAUCUGAUCAUAUUUUUGUAUUGAAAGAUUUUAUAUUUUACAGAAUAACUUGAUGUCAAUGAACUGUAUAACAUUGUCAUUACAAUGUAGUGGGAAUUUUUUUUCUAUGUAGAACUCAGGCGUGCCCAAACUUUUUUCGUAUGAAGGGCCAAAAACCAAAUAUCAUAGAGAGCCAUGGGCCGAAAGUAAAUAUACCAAUAUUACAUUAAAGUCGGCAUGGGUAAUUUCCUAAUUUUUUCAAUACUAUUUCAAAAUAAAUAGAUAAUAAAACAUUACUUUAAAUCAUAUUAAUUAGUGCAGUUUAACAUUUAAAAUGAAGCUUAUUGCAAUAAAAAAAACAUGAACAGCGAAAUUUAUAACACAGUGGAGUUCAAUGCUGAAUACACUAGUCAUGCAGAAUCAGCCUUUGCCUUGAUUUGCUCACCAAAGUCUAUGAACUUGUAAAUUAUAAUACACUUGUAAAUUACACAGUAUUUAGCUGUAUUAUGAACCAUAUUUUACCGUAGGACAGUUAUGCAGUAUGUUACUGUAUUUUAAAGUUGCAUGGGAAAAUUACUGUAUAUUUUACAGUAAAAAUACUGUAAAUACACAUAGCAAGAUAAAUGGUGCUGUAAAUGUAAAUACAGUAUUUAUGCUGAUAUACAGUAAGUUACUGGUGAACUGCUGCCAGAAAGUUACUGUAGAUUCUAAAGGAAAUUGUUAACAGUGUACAUUUACUAUUUAAUAAAACAUUUAAUUUCAGUUAGGUUUUAACAAUAAAACCAACAAAAAAGGUUUCAUUUAGAUUCAAAAUGACAACCCCUAAACAUCUCCAUCGUUCUUCCUCUCUUCUCAAAUGGGAUAGUGGGCCAAAUCACAGCUUACCAUGGGCCAACUUUGCCUCGUGGACCCUAAUAUGGACAUCUCUGGUAUAACUAUAUUGAAGCAUAUACACUCUAAACAUUAUUUAUAAUUAAAACAAAUGUCCUUCCUUAUAAUAAAAUCAACCUUUUUUUAUAAUUGAUGUAAAUCAGACAAUAAUAGUUUUACAAUUAAUAGUUUGUAAUUAUCAUUCUUUGAUAUUGCUGCAUUUAAAUUUAAGAUUUUAUAAAUAUACACACCUAUGAACAUUUUUUUAGAGACAACUUAAAAAUUCAGUUUUCCUGGAUUUAGGUGUGUGUUUGGGUAAAAUAUUAAUAUGACUAAUUAAAUUUUAAUUCCUUUCUUUUUUAUUAAAAAACUUUUGGUAAGACUUUAAUUUGAUAGUCCCUAUUGCACAUUUUGUUGACUAAAGGUUGCAUUGCAACUACAUGCCAAUUAAUUCUCAAUUUAGUAUUAGUAGACUGUCUGCUUAAUAUCUGCUGAUACUGCUCCUUCAACAGAUAUUUAACUGACUUUAAGAAACUUUGCAAGUACAUGUGAACUUACACUAACCAUAACCCAAAUCCCAACCUAACAGUCUACUUCUAAUAUAAUGAGAAUUAGAUGGCAUGUAGAUGCAGUGUAACUUAAAUUCAACAAAAAUGCGUUAAAGAGACCAUCAAAGUAAAGUGAUACAAAUGUUUUUUUUUAUCUUUUUAAUGUCUGAUAACACUUUUUCCAAAUUAAUUAUUGUCAUUUAAGGCAAUUUAAAUGAAAGUUUUAGUCCCCAUUUAGGGACAAGUAAAUGACAGUUUGUGAGAAUAACAAAUGUUUUUGGUUGAAAUGGUUGAAAAUCAGAGUUUAUCCACAAAACCUUGAUUUCUUAACAUUGGUGUUGUGCAAAAAUGAAUAUAAAUGUAAAAAUGUGGCACCAUUUUGGUGUUUUAUGAAAACAAAAAGUCAUUUGCAGAAUAAAACAAAAAUAUAAACUCUAAAUGACAAAUACAUGAAAACUGAGAAUUUCCAAGUGGCCUCCAGUUUUAAUUUCCAUAGCUGUAUAUAAUAUGGCUUUUUUAAGAUUGUGAAACAGAAACUAUGAGGGCUCAGAGAAAAAGCUCUUUAAUUUAGUCAUUUGGUCAGUAGAGGUCCCCAGAGCUGUUUUCAAAUGCAUUAGCUUCACAUCCUUAAACUUUGUCUCCACUCUCUUUUAAUAUGGUAAAUAGACCUGAUGUCUUCUUUUGUUGUAGGGUUGUUGAGGUCAUGAAUAUGCACAUGAGAUGGAGAUUUUAUACCUCACACUUUUCUCACACUAAAAAGCCAGACAUAAUAAUAACCAUGAAGUUAGACAAGGCCCAUGCAAUGUGUGCAAUAAUGAAAAUCCUCAGAAAAUGUGCGUUUCCAUUUGUUAUGGCUUUAUUAUUAGAAUAAGGAAAAAAAACUCUGAACAAUUGUAAACCAGUAGUACAAAUAAAAGCAAAUUAUGUGUUAGAUUUCUGUUCCUAAACUGAAAAGCACGUGAUUGUGAUUGAUUAUUGAAUGUUUGUGAUUGAUUAUUUUGUAUUGCUUUACUUUUACAGAUAAAUAUCUCUAAAGUGUUGGAGGGAUAUAUUAUGUAUGUUUUGUUGUGGACUAACAGUCAUGAUUUGUCCUCCCCCUCGUUCUGCUUUAUAUCCUCAUCUGUUUUCAUGCUCUCAUUCUUGUUAAGGGCCCAAGGACAGGGUUGGGAGCCCCUGAUAAAGAAAUCAGUGUUGUGAGCACUGCAAUACAAUCAUAAAGACAUUGAGCAAUAAAAAAUGUAACUGCCGGAGAAACACGUUUUUCCCAUCGGUUCUAGCAAUAAGUAACCUUUAUCGGUUGUUUGAGCUGUUCAGCAAGGCAAAACAGAGCUCUUAUUCAAUAUAAAGAGAAUAUUUUAUAUAUGUUGUAUAUCAUUUCAGUCAUGAAUAGGUCAAAUAAAAAAAUAUAUAUUUUAAGUUCAGAUAUUUAACCCUGUAUAUUAGACACCUUGAUUUAUAGAACACAUUCACUUAAAUGCUAUACUCCAAUUUAGUUAAGUUUAUGUGACAAAUUAUGUUGUCUGGCAUAUUCACAAAAAAUCAUUUGUUUAGAUAUUAUGACGG